UGCACCGGGAUCUGAACGGGCUGCCGGCAACGGGCAGCGCCCCGGGUCUGCGGCGCCGCGGCUCUCAGCGGGCGCGGCGGGCGCUGCCCGUGGGCCGGGCCCGGGCUUCAGGCGUGCCGGGAGCCGAACCAUGCCCAGGAGUUGGACCUAGAGUUGGGAGCCCAGGCAUCCAGGGACGUCCACUAGUCACCAGCAGUGACCUUGUCCACCCACAUUACCUCUCAGGGGCCAGGCAGGCAUGCCCCGGACCCUGAGCACCUCCGACAUGGUCACCCCAGGCAGACUCAGCCCACCCCCUACAGAGCCCACCGAUGUCGAGCAGGCUGGGCAGCCCUUCCUGGAUGGAGCACCAUCCUCAGCCUCUCUGGACACCCUGAUUCAGCAUCUGGUACCCACAGCUGACUACUACCCAGAGAAAGCUUAUAUCUUCACCUUCCUACUGAGCUCUCGCCUCUUCAUCGAGCCUCGGGAGCUCCUGGCCAGGGUCUGCCACCUCUGUAUUGAACAGCAGCAGCUGGACAAACCAGUACUGGACAAGGCCCGUGUUCGGAAGUUUGGCCCCAAACUGCUCCAACUACUGGCCGAGUGGACAGAGACCUUCCCGCGGGACUUCCAGGAGGAGUCGGCCAUCGGGCAUCUGAAAGAUGUGGUGGGCCGCAUAGCUCCCUGUGAUGAGGCCUACCGGAAAAGGAUGCAUCAGCUCCUGCAGGCCCUACACCAGAAGCUUGCAGCUUUGGGCCAGGGAUCUGAAGGCUUCAUGGGUGCUGACAAGCCCAUCUCCUACAGAACCAAGCCACCAGCCUCCAUCCAUAGGGAGCUCCUUGGCAUCUGUAGCGAUCCCUACACGCUGGCCCAGCAGCUGACCCACGUGGAGCUGGAACGACUGCGACACAUCGGACCUGAGGAGUUUGUCCAGGCUUUUGUGAACAAGGACCCUCUGGCCAGUACAAAGCCCUGUUUCAAUGACAAGACUAACAACCUGGAGGCUUAUGUGAAAUGGUUCAACAGGCUGUGCUACCUUGUGGCAACUGAGAUCUGCAUGCCAGCCAAGAAGAAGCAGAGGGCCCAGGUGAUCGAGUUCUUCAUUGACGUGGCCCGAGAGUGCUUCAACAUUGGCAACUUCAACUCCCUGAUGGCCAUUAUAUCUGGCAUGAACAUGAGCCCUGUCUCCAGACUGAAGAAGACUUGGGCCAAAGUGAAGACAGCCAAGUUUUUCAUCCUGGAGCACCAGAUGGACCCAACAGGGAAUUUCUGCAACUACAGGACAGCCUUGCGAGGGGCAGCCCACCGCUCCCUGACUGCCCACAGCAGCCGGGAGAAGAUCGUCAUUCCCUUCUUCAGCCUACUCAUCAAAGACAUCUAUUUCCUGAAUGAGGGAUGUGCCAACCGCCUUCCCAAUGGACAUGUCAACUUUGAGAAAUUUCUGGAACUGGCCAAGCAGGUUGGAGAGUUCAUCACAUGGAAACAAGUGGAAUGUCCUUUCGAGCAAGACCCCAGCAUCACCCAUUACCUGUACACUGCUCCCAUCUUCAGCGAAGACGGAAUGCACCAUCCCCACCCUUACUGGCCCUCAAAUGGAGCAGAGAAGACUGCAUUACCCAGGAUGGCCAACUGUCCCCUCGGGAACACAGGAUAGAUCCCAGGAGCCAUGGGCUGGGGCCUCAAGGACCCCCAGGCCCAGGCUUCUCCCUGGAUACAGUUUGGACACUGUUGGGUAUUAUAAGUCUCAACCAUCUGUCUAUAUUACCCCAUUUUUCUCAUUAGUUAAGUGGGAGUGAGGGUAAGAACUGGGGCUCACAUGGGGAUGGCUAAGCACUGACUCACUCUGGGUUUUUCCAUGGCUGGUGCAUGUGUAUGUGUGUGUAAGUGUGUGCUGGUUUGGGUGUGUAAUACACACUGACAUGAUAUGAGUUGACUCUUCUGCAGAGUGCUAUUAACGUCUGUCUAUCCCUUCCAGUAAACACACAUUCCCAUCUAAUCACUUGUCACAAAUCAGUUUGUUUGCAAAUUUGCUAAGUAGUAAACCCUGAGAUCCCCCUUUCAGAAAGUGAAAGCUCUAAAGAAGGCAACUGUCAGGUUGUCAUCUGAUGUGGGGGCAGUGUGGCCCAAUGCUUAGCAGCUCUCACCCUGGGAUCUGCCCUCCACUCCAGCACACAGGAAACCUGGCUCAUCUUCACCAGCAAGCAGGUUACAAAGGAACCAACAAACAUCUGUGUCUGCGGAACAUUUACUGCCCCACCAAAGGGAAAAAAAAAGAAAAUUAGGGAGAAGUCCUUUUUUUUAAUGAUUUUGCCUUUGGAUACUUCCAACUUUGCCAUGUUACUUUUCAUAUUUGGGACCCAGAACUUGCUGAAGGGAGUUCUACCUAUAUCUGUAGCCUCCUAACACUUACUUCCAUCAAGAAACAGAGCAAGCUGGGUAUGGUGGUACACACCUGUAAUCCUAGGAGCUUGGGAGGCUAAGGCAGGAGGGUUGCAAGUUAGAGGCUAGCUAGCCUCAGCAACUUAGCAGGGCCCUAAGCAAAUUAGUGAGACCCUGUCUCAAAAUUUAAAUUUUUUUUAAAAGGCUGGGGAUUUGACUCAGUGGUUAGGUACCAGGUGUUCAAUCCCUUGUACUGCUCCCCCCACACCCCACCAUGAAAAAAGGGAAGCUGAACAGUUGAUGGAUAAACCAGCCCAGGCUGGUUCACACAGGGGUCUGUAUGAACUCAGGUAUCACCUUCUCUAAGCCUCACCUAUUUCCUCUAUCAAGUGAGGUAAUGAGAGAACCUUCUUCCUGGGGCAAUGAUGAGAAUUACUUGAGUUGAAAGAGGUAAAACCCACAAGUCUGUACUCAAUCAAUGCUAGUCUACAGUACUUCCCUCUAUUCACAGAGGAUAUGUUCUAAGAUCUCCAGGGGAUGCCUGAAACUGAAUAAAUCCAAAUUCUAUAUGUGCUAUAUUUUUCCCUACAUAUACAUACACAAAUAAAAUACCUUUUUCUUCACAUCAUGCACUGUGGCCAUAAUUUUUGCAGUUUAAAGUGUGAUGGCAAAACUAGCACAAAUUUCUUUUUCCUUGUUCACAAUUUUACAGAUGGAAGAUUUGUUCCUACCACAGAUCUUAGCAACCUCAGCAUAUGAUUUUUUUUUCCUUUCCUUGUUUAGUGAAAUCAUUCCCCUUUGCAUUUAAAGGAAGCAUUUUACAACCUUUGGCAUAUUCAAAUUACCAGCACCCCUACUCUUGUGAUUUAGGGCCAUUAUUAAGUAAAAUAAAGAUUGCUUGAACACAAGCACUGUGAUUCCAUGACAGUUGAUCUGAUAACCAAGAGAGCUACUUGUGUUAGUCAGCUUUUUUGUUGCUGUGACCAAAUUGCCUAACAAGAACAACUUAGAGGAGGAAAACUUCCUUUUGACUUACAGUUUCAGAGAUUCAGUUCAUAGAUGCCCGACUUCAUUGCUUUAAGCCCAAGGUGAAGCAGAACAUCAUGGUGCAAGGGCAUGGCAGAGGAAAACUGCUCACCUCAUAGCAUUCAGGAAGCAGACAGGGAAUAGUGAGGAUCCAGAGACAAAAUAUAAACCCCAAAGACAUACCCUAGUGACCCACUUCCUCUGGCCAUGCCCCCACCUGCCUA